AUGAUAUUAAGAUUUCCAUUUUUAGUGAAAUAUGUUUUCAGUGGGGAAACAUGCUUUCUAAGUAAACAAUUCCGACCUACUUUCAAGGAAAAUUUGAAAUUUCAGCCUUAUCCUAAUCCUCCGCAAUACGGUCAACCAGGUUUCACCUAUCCAGCCGGUCAGAUGAACUAUCCGUCUCAACCGUACCCGAAUCAAGGGUAUCCUGGUCAGGGUUAUCCGCCUCAACCCGGAUAUCAUCUUGAACAACCUCGACGAAGUUCCGGAGACGGCGGGAAAUGUUGUCUUGUUGCACUUCUUGCCUGUUGCGCAGGUUGUUGUCUGGCUGAUUGUUGUGAUUAA